UCAAAUCUUCUAUCUUCUUUCUAUAACAACACAUUUCUAACUCCAGCAGCAAUAUACACAAUGGCCUCAAGAGAUGAAGAAAAAGUAGAAUCUGGUUUCAAUGUUCUUCCUGAGUCCAAACCAAAGAAGGAAUAUUGGAUCCUUUUGUCCAUUAGGAUAAUCACAUUCUUGGCCACUGCAUCAGCUACAAUUGUUAUGGCACUCAACAAACAAACCAAAAACUUUGUUGUUGCCACCGUUGGUAGCAUUCCAGUAACAGUUCCUCUUGUGGCCAAGUUUCAACACACUCCUGCUUUUAUAUUCUUUGUGGUAGCUAAUGGAAUUGUGAGUUUCCAUAACUUGGUGAUGAUAGCAAUGGAUAUAUUAGGACCUAAAUUUGAUAACAAAGGGCUCCAACUUGCUCUAAUUGCAGUAUUAGACACGAUGGCUUUGGCUCUUGCUUCAGCUGGAGAUGGUGCAGCAACAUCUAUGUCAGAAUUGGGAAGGAAUGGUAAUUCACAUGCAAAAUGGAAUAAAAUAUGUGACAAAUUUGAGACUUAUUGCAACAGAGGUGGUGGUGCCUUGAUUGCUUCAUUCAUUGGUCUCAUUCUUCUCCUCAUUGUUACAGUCAUGUCCAUCAACAAGCUCCUCAAACUAACUCGUAAUUAAUAGCAUUAUUCAAGUUCCUUGAUGCUAAAUAUCAACUUGUUAGUAUUUGAACUUAAUGUAGUUAAAAUAUUUUUACAGUAUGGAGUUAUAUAAGAAUUUAAUACUUGAGUUUGUAAGUCUGGUUUUAGUUUACUAUUUGUAAUUAUAAUUGGAAUUAUAACUAUGA